AUGGCAACCAUGGAGCUGGGAUCCAAAGCAGAUUCUUUCCAACUUGAAGGCCAAACAUGGAUUUGUAAGAGUGAACUUGCAAGUGAUGUUAUCAUAGAGAUAAGAGAAGUCUCCUUUCACCUCCACAAGUUCCCAUUAAUUAAUAGGAGCGGCCUGCUGCAAAAGAUGAUUAGCGAAUUCCAUAGUGAGGAUGGAAAAGAUUGUGUUCUUCAGCUACAUGACAUUCCUGGUGGUGCUAAAGCUUUCGAUCUGGCUGCAAAAUUCUGUUACGAUGUAAAGCUCGAGUUGAAUGCUCUCAACAUCGUCACUCUGCGAUGUGCUGCUGAGCAUCUCUGCAUGACUGAAGAAUAUGGAGAAGGAAAUCUGAUUGUACAAACUGAAAACUUCCUUGAUGAAGUCUUUGUUAACUGGAGCGAUUCGAUGAAAGCUCUUCAGACAUGUGAGGAUGUUCUUCCCCAUGCAGAAGAGCUUCAGAUUGUCGCGAGAUGCAUCGAUUCACUCGCAACGAAGGCUUGUGCUGAUCCAACUCUGUUUGGUUGGCCCAUGUCUGGCCAACCUACAUUGAAGAGUCUGGGAAGCACUGUUCUGUGGAAUGGAAUCAGUACAGGGGCAAAGCCAAGAUCCCCAGGAACAGAUUGGUGGUAUAGGGAUGUUUCUCACAUCAAGUGGCCUUUAUAUAAGAGGCUGAUAUUGGCAAUGGAAUCAAAGGGAAUGAAGCCAGAAAACAUCUCUGGAUCUCUCAUGCAUUAUGCAAAGAGGUACCUGCCAGGACUGAGUAGGCACUCAAAUUUCCAUGAUAGCAUCAAUCAUGCCACCUCCACCGGAUCUGGUUCGGCACUGUCGGAAAGCGGCCAGAAGGCUCUCCUUGAAGAGAUAGUUGAAGUGCUCCCAAUAGAAAAGGGAGCCACCUCAAGCAAGUUUCUGCUUAGCCUGCUCCGAACAGCCAUGAUCUUGCAUGCUAGCCCAUCUUGCAGGGAGAAUUUGGAGAGAAGAGUAGGAGCCCAGUUCGAUGAUGCUGCUCUAGAAGAUCUUCUGAUACCAAACUUGGGCUACUCUGUUGAGACUCUCUAUGACAUAGAUUGUGUACAGCGAAUUCUUGAUCACUUUGUGUCGAUGAAUCGAUCGGUGUUUGAUGCUUCUCCUUGUAUUGUAGACGAGGGGCAGCUGAUAGCCUCUUCUGUGACAUUGACACCCAUCAGCAUGGCGGCGAAGCUCGUGGAUGGGUACCUUGCAGAAGUUGCACCCGAUGUCAAUCUGAAGUUCUCUAAGUUCCAGUCGCUGGCUGCUAUGGUCCCUGAUUAUGCUAGAGUUUCAUAUGAUGGGCUCUACCGUGCUGUCGAUAUCUAUCUAAAGUCCCACCCAUGGCUCACUGACUCCGAGCGAGAGCAGCUUUGUCGACUCAUGAACUGCCAGAAGCUCUCUCUGGAGGCCUGCAUGCAUGCUGCCCAUAAUGAGAGGUUGCCCAUCCGAGUAAUCGUCCAAGUUCUUUUCUUUGAGCAGCUCCGUCUGAGAAAUACAAUUGCCGGUUGGUUCUUUGCCCCUGACAGCAUGGGCGAUUCUCAUGCUUCUCAUGCACUCCAAAAGAGCACUGAUGGAUUCAUCGAAACAGAGAUCAUUCAGGAAAACGAGCAGCAGUCUAUGAGCACUGAUGAGAUGAGAAUGAGGGUCUCUGAACUUGAAAAGGAGUGUUCAACCAUGAGGCAAGAGAUGGAGAAGCUUGGGAGGUCAAAGAGUGCAUGGAACUUCUUCUCUAGGAAGCUUGGAUUUGGGACGAAGUGGCAACAUCAUUCUGAUGUAAAACAAUUUCCUAUUCAUCGUUAUUGCUGAAAACAAUAUUUAUCUUGUUCUUGUUUUCUUACUUAUUGAUAUAAAUAACGGUCUUUUUCUUCUUUC